GCUCAUGUAUAACAAAUGAACUUUGCUACUGAACUUCACUAGAUACAUUCUGCUGCAUCGUGGAAAUAUACAACACUUAUUGCCUGCCUGCCAAUCAAUUGAAUUGUAGUUGACGGCGUUUAUGUAAAUACCGUGGUUUGCUUGGAUAAGGCGGAGCGAUAAGGUUUUGGGGUUGGGCUCCGGCACCCGGAUAAAGAGCUGUUUGCGUAAUACUUCUUUUGAAAGCCACUGAUUUCUUAAUAGAGUGCAUAAAACUUUUGACAAGUUCAAUCAUUCCCUUGCAACUGCGGUCGUGGGAAACUGAGCGGCAGCGUAUUUUUUUUAACAAAGAAACCGACCUUUGGAGGAAAUCAGAGCACCCAGAGAAAACCCACGUGACCAUAGGAAGAAAGUACAAACUCCAUACAGAUAGCACCGUAGUCACUACUGAAGAAUGAAAGUCUUGGUGUUUGGUGCCACAGGCAAAACAGGCCAGUUUCUAGUGAAGCAAUCCCUGCAGCAGGGUCACAUGGUGACUGCUGUGGUGAGGACUCCCAGCAAACUCACCAUUCAUCAUGACAACCUGAAGGUUGUUCAAGCAGAUAUUUUCUCCGCCGACAGCCUUGCGGAGCACUUUAAUGAGCAGGAUGUUGUCAUGUCCUGCCUUGGUUUCCAAAUAAGCAUAUUUUCUCAAGUUACUCAAUAUACAGAAUCCAUGAAAGCUAUUACUGCUUCAAUGCGCCUGGCAAAAGUGAAGCGAAUUAUCGCAAUGACAUCCUGGUACACACAAACUGAGAGUGCACAAUCGGCCUCUUGGAUGGUGCGGUGGCUGCUAAUCCCCAUGAUCCGUACCUUACUGAACAACAUGUAUGAGAUGGAAAAUUAUUUGACCGAGGAGUGUAUGGAUCUGGAUUGGACUACAGUCAGACCUCCGGAACUUCAGAAUGCUCCAGAAACAGAUAAAGAAAUGUUAACUUAUGGUGGCUACUUUGUUCCGGAUCAGGAUGGGAAUCCCAUUCCAAAUGCAGUGACACGGGGAGAUGUUGCUCGCUUCAUGCUUUCCCAGCUUAAUGAGGAUACGUGGGUGAAGAAGUCUGUGGCCAUGGUAACAGUGUGAAAUAUAAAUUCCUACAAUUUCCCAGCAGAAUCCUUAAAAUGGUUCAUCUAAACAAAUAAGAGACUAUUAUUAACAACAAAAGUAUUAACAUUUACUUUUAAUUCAGAGAUAAAUGAUUAAACUAAGAACUCAGUAGUUAUUUUCUUUCAUCUCUACUUUAUAUAUGAAUAACUUUGACUGCAGAAUAUCAUAUGGGUGCGCUUAGAAAUAUCGAGCAUCUAUUUGAUUUUCUCUCCUGCAAUAUUUAGUGGAUUAGUUCAUUCUAUGUAAGCAGAAAACUGCACAGAAAUUGAGAAGAUUUUAUAUUAAACUUGAUUUUACAAGCAUUUUUCAGUGGUUGACUGUAUUAAUGACAAUGUUAGUAAAUUUGCAAAGGAUUUGGAUGUAUUCGGAGAACUUUUUUUAAAAAUAAAGGAAAUAAAGUUGUAAGUAAUGCAGGUAUGCUUAAUCUCAACCUGAAUGUAUAAUCUGCAUCAACCUGAUAUCGUUUUUGGAAACUCUGGAAUGAUUCUGCGUCAGUGCAUUGUCUAACUCGGAAUAAAUAAAAGAUGAAUCAAAUAGAGGAUAAUAGUAAAUCGCAAUGGAUUUUGUUUAUAUGGUAACUUGUAAAAUAAAGUAUUUUAUGCAUUCAAGA